AUGUCUGUCGACUUCACUGAUUUGAACAAAGCAUGUCCGAAGGAUAAUCAUGCCCUCCAAAAAAUUGUCAGGCUAGUAGUUUCUACUGCUGGUAACGAGUUGCUCAGCUUCAUGGAUGCCAGGAUAUCACCAGAUCCCAAUGGGGGAAAGGGACCGAAUACACACGACAUUCGUUACAGCUCAAGGCGUAUAUUGCUACAAGAUAAUUCCCUUCAGGCUAAAAAAUGCAGGAGCUACAUAUCAUUGAACAAUCAACAAGGCUUUGAAGAGCCACUCGGGAGGAACAUUGAGGUAUAUGUGGACGACAUGAUCGUCACGGGUAAAAAGUCAACAAACCAUGUUGCGAAUUUGGCAGAAACGCUGAGCACCCUACGACGCCAUGUUAUGAAGCUAACUUUGAAGAAAUGUGUGUUCGGAGUAAACAGGGGAAGUGUCUCGGGUUCGUGGUGGAUGAAAGGGGAAUUGAGGCUUACCCCGACAAAAUAA